ACUAUGCCACUGGGCAUUCCCAUCAUUCCCCUGACCGACGCCAUCUUUAUUCUUGUGCUUUCAAAAUAUUUGAGGUGCUUGAAAAUCGCGUUUAAUCCUAGUGAAAUCUGGUCAAUAGUCACCAUCCUUUACCACAGACUCGUUCAGCACCUUUCGUGGAACAUUUCCGUGUUGAUUUGUUCAAUCUCAGGUAAGUAUUAGUGUAGGAAACGCCGCGAAUCCCGAAGGAUGGCGGACGCGGAUAGCUUGCUGCUGGAGGACACCCCUGACCUGGCGGCUGACCCGACCCAAGCCGACACGCUGGAGAAUGAAGCGGCGGCAGACAAUCCGGUCGAGGAUCCGGAGCUUGAGGCGAUCAAGCAGAGGGUUCGGGAGAUGGAGGAAGAGGCGGAGAAGCUGAAGGAGAUGCAGAACGAGGUGGAACGGCAGAUGAACCUGAGCCCCACGGCCCAGCGACCCGGGGCAGCCGCUGGAGGUGGGGGGGCGCCCGGGCCAGCACUGGCCUUCCCAACCAUAGAGGAGAAGAUGGAAGCUGAUGGCAGAUCUGUCUAUGUUGGAAAUGUUGACUAUGGAGCGACAGCAGAAGAACUGGAGGCUCACUUCCACGGCUGCGGCUCCAUCAACAGAGUCACCAUCCUGUGUGACAAGUUCACCGGACACCCAAAAGGAUUUGCAUACAUCGAGUUUGCAGACAAGGAUUCCAUAGAGACAGCAAAAGCACUGGACGAGUCUCUGUUCCGGGGAAGACAAAUUAAGGUUGUGCCAAAGCGGACGAACAGACCCGGGGUGAGCACGACAGACCGCCCACCGCGCGGCCGCGGGUACCGAGGGAGGGGCGGCGGGUUCCGCGGGUUCAACUCCGGCUACGGCGGGUACGGAGGGUACUACCCCAGACGGUCCCGCGGAUUCAGGUCCCGGCGAGCAGCUUGGUAUUCUCCCUACUAAACUGGCGGCCGUAGCUCCCUGCAGUUAGAUCUGUCCUAGCCACAAAUCCAGUGGCUCAAAUGUUUUCAAAACCUGCAAACUAUCAGCUAAAUGGUGUUACUAAUGCUGGGAUAGGCUUUUGACUAUUCUCAUCCAAAUCAUGCAUUUCUGAUGCUCCUAAAUGAGAAUUUUUAUACCAUGCCGACGGAAAUGAGAAACAAUUUGGUCCUAAAAAAGAACAUUCCAAAAUCUUCCCUCGUAGUUAAAUCAUAGCUUUCUCAUGUAAACUUUUCUUCUGCUAAAUGUUGGUAAAGCACAGUUGAAAAAAAAAAAGUGACUGAAAUUAAGUUGGUGGCUGCAACAGCCAAAUUUUGUGGUAACAUCCAGGAGGGUAGUUCUGGAUUCUGCAGUCCUUGUUACAAUGGCCAGGCCUUGUUAUGAUGUCAGUCCUGUUUUAGCAGGCCUUGUUUCAUCAGUCUGUUUCAGUCCUGUAAAGAUGGCCAGACCAACCUCACCUGGAGGCAUCUGCAUGAUUGUUUAACUUUGGUUGAAUCCGUUAAGCUCACUGUACAAAGACUGGUGUGCAAUAAGUGACAUUAACUGGUGACUUCAGGGCGGUUUGGCUGGCCAUUUUUACCUUGUGUAAGCUAGAGGCGAUGUUUUGCACAUGACUGGGCGUUUUUGUUUGUUUGUGUUGUUUUCUCCACAGGUGGUUCCCAUGUGGAAGUGUCUGGACGUCUCCCUUCGACAGCGGCAGUCUGGUUAUCACUAGUUCAAGCCCCCAAAAAAUAAAAGCAUGAAAAUAUGACACAAAAAAAAGAGGGAAGAAAAAAAACAAAUUACCAGAAAAAAAUUAAGAAAAUAAGAAAAAAAAGUUAGAAGAAACAUAGACGGGGCAUUUUUGUUUUAGUCUUUUUAUUUUUCAAUAAAGUUCCUGUAAAUUGCA